UUUUUUGGCCUUGGACUUUACUUGUACGCACUCAUCAUCUCCUAAUUCUCCCUCCAUUUUCUCUCUCCUAAAUCCUCUCUUCUUCUGAUCACUCACACCAUGUCGAGUGUUAGGGCAACGAGGAAAGAUAAGCCACGUGGUCGUCAUUCGACUCUGACUCAACAGAAGAAGCAAGAGAUUAAGGAAGCUUUUGAACUUUUUGACACUGAUGGCUCAGGGACUAUUGAUGCCAAGGAGUUGAAUGUUGCAAUGAGGGCUCUGGGUUUUGAGAUGACAGAAGAGCAAAUCACUCAAAUGAUUGCGGAUGUGGACAAGGAUGGCAGUGGUGCCAUUGACUUUGAUGAGUUUUGUCACAUGAUGACUGCUAAAAUUGGGGAAAGGGACACUAAGGAGGAGCUGAUGAAAGCAUUUCGGAUAAUCGACAAAGAUAAAAAUGGAAUGAUAUCCUAUGGAGAUGUUCGAGGUAUUGCAAGUGAAUUGGGAGAACACUUCACUGAAAGGGAGAUCCAAGAGAUGAUUGAAGAAGCAGACAGAGAUGGUGACGGGCAAGUCAGCAUUGAGGAUUUCCUUAGAAUGAUGAAGAGAACUUCGUAUGCAUACUGAAACUGAACCAUGCUUAUCUGCCUCAUUGUUACUCUAAUCUGCACUGCAAACUGCUGCUGAUUUGAUUCAAAUGCUUAUGCUGAGCUUAGCAUAUCUAUUUAGUCUCCUCCUAGAGUGUUUAUCUGUGUACUCUUUUCUCUUUAUCUAAAUCCAGCCAUUUGUGAUAGCAGACUUAAUGUACAUGGCCAUAUAAUACUCUCUAAUUCAAUUGUUCCCUUUUCAUUUCAAGCCAUA